UUGAUCUCUCCUGUACAGGCGAGCAAAAUCUCCAUGGUGCACCCCAGCGGGCCGUACCCACCCUCUCUGGCCCACCUGAUGAUGUACAAUCAGGACCACUACCCGCCGGGAACUCCUCCCCCACCCCAUCUGGCAAGCGCCAUAGAAGUCGACGCUAAAACAGGUAUUCCAAGACCCAGACAUUCAUCUGAACUUCCACUGUACCAUCCUCUGUCUCCCGGCUCGUUAGGCAACGUACCACAUCACUUGGAAGUAUACAACGUGCCUUGGCAAGGCCAACCCUUCUACCCCCUCACAGGUGCUCUCAGGUCCCCCUACCCAACUCUCAUCAAUGCGUCAAGUAUGUCGCGCCUCGGCCACCCUGGCCUGCCCCCGCCCCACCACGGUAUGGCCGUCACCGGUAUCCCGCACCCGGCGAUUGUCACGUCCGGCACGAGGCAACAAGACACACAACAACAGAGUAACGACAGACAACCCCCACCAAAGGAGAAGGAAUCCAAGGCGUCGGAGAAGCUGCGGCGCCCGCCUCACAUUAAGAAGCCGCUCAACGCAUUCAUGCUGUACAUGAAGGAGAAACGGGCCAGCGUGGUCAAGGAGUGCACACUCAAGGAGAGCGCUGCGAUCAACCAAAUACUGGGCAGGAGGUGGCACGCGCUUUCCAGGGAAGAGCAGGCCAAGUACUACGAGUUGGCGCGCAAGGAGAGACAGUUGCACAUGCAGCUGUACCCCAGCUGGACGGCCCGAGAUAACUACGCAAUACACGGCAAAAAGAAGAAAAAGAAGAAAGAUAAAAACCCUAGUGACAACUCAGAACCGUCCACUCCAAAGAAAUGUCGAGCUCGCUUCGGAGUCGACCAGCAAGAAUUCUGGUGCAAACCUUGCAGGAGAAAGAAGAAGUGCAUCCGGUACAUCUGCUCGGAUGAGAACGGCCAGAACAAAGACGACAGUUGCGACAGUGACGAUGAGCCCAGCUUCUCCCCACCCGCCUCCCAGAGGAUGCCUGAUAACGGCCUGGGCAGCAAGGAAGGGCCAGAGAUCACCAGGCCUGCGACCUCUGAACCCAUGCCCCAGAGUUCCUCAAGUCACAACCACGCCCCGCAUGGCGAGCACACCAACGGCCACAGUCACCACCGGGAAAGGGCGCCCUCGUCUUCGUCGUCAUUGUCGGAGCCGCGAGCACCACCCCCGCCACCCCCACCACUGCCCCACACCCAGGCGUUCUCCAACGCGUCAUCGUCCGCCGUCGUCAGUACCCAUCAGCCCACAAUGCAUCCGUCGCCUUCGCCGAUGGUCUCGCAGACGUCGCCGGCGAUAGUACACCUCCCCCAUCCCUCCAUCGCGCACUCGGGUCACCCCAUGUCCUUCACGAGCACGCCGCCCAUGAUGGUGUUCCCCUCGCAGUCUUCGCUCUUCGCAGCUCACGCCACCUCCCAGGCGGACAUGCUCAGGGGACCGGCCUUCCCGAAUGGGCUGACCCACCACGGACUCUUACAACUCCACGCACAAUCGCGGCCGCCUCCCACACCCGAGAUGCCGCAAGAUCUCAGCAUGAAAUCUGCGACGGUCACGGCAUAGUACAAAAAACAAAACAACAAAAAACUUGUUUCAUAAAUUAACAAUUGUACAUAGAGAACUUAUUAAUGAAUAAUUAACGUAAACGAAGAAAAAAAACCACGACGAAAAAGUACCACCGGCCGUUCAUCCAGCUGCCAGUCUCUUGGGUUUUUUAAAGAGCGACGGGAAGCGAUUGUGAUACCUUGAUGUUUUUAACUUUUCUUUUCUUGAAAAUAAAUAAAACUGUCAAUAAGAAUGUCUGUGUCUUCAGUGCGUCGGAGGAUGUGCAGCUAUUUAAGCAAAUGGAAGACGGGAGUUAUGUUGGUAAAUGUUUACCUUCUUUUCUGUUUUCGUCUGAUGUAUUCGUGCUGCAAAUUAACACAGAGUAGGUCUGGUCUAGUGAAACUUUUAGCUUGGAGAUAGAACUGAUAGACCCAUGGAGGUGGCAUUUGUACAAGUCUGAGCAUUGCUCAAGAAAAUUUACUGACAUUGGAAAAGAAGGCGGAUUGUGUCUGACUUGGAUGAAGCUGGUGUAGCUUACAACCUGAAGCUUCCUCCCUCCGUUGAUCAACCAAAUACGCACCAGCCUCAUAAUUCCAAUCCACAACUUUCCCAGCGUGUGGAUAUUUGUUGAUGCAGUUAUAUACCCAUGGUACUUGUGUAGUUGAUUCAACAACCCAACUUGCUGACAAGCCAAGGAAUUGUAGUUUUUACCAAAUCAAGAUUCCCGCACCUGGGUGUAAUAUCAAACUUUGGGACACUGCAGUGCAUGCUGGGAUAGGGUGAAAGAACUUCUUUAAAAUGUCCCGAGAAGACAGGUUUCAUACUCGGCGUGAAAACGAACAGGAAUGCAAAUUUGUAAUGUCAUGGCAAGUUUUCGCGCUGCAAAUUCGUUUACAAAAAAUGAACGUGUUUCAACUCCAGCGAAUUUCGUAGCAAACAUUUUAUGACGUCAAAAUUCGCUUUGUGUUCUCAUUUGUGUGAAAUGUAAACCAACCUUAAUGCGUUGUAACCGUGUUUUGGAAAUGCUGCAAGAAACGUCUCUCUACACUUUCAUGGAAACACCGAGUAGCAGAAAGGGAUUUGAGUUUGGUUGUACAUUUUAUGUAUAGCGCCCUCGCUUACUCAUGGAUAAGGGUAAAUGCUUCACUUUGAUUGGCUGGCUACUUUCAGGAAAGACUGUUAUCUUGUCCCUCGCACACCAUUCUUUCUCGUUAAAACAUCAAAUUCACUUUCAGACUUCCAAGAUGGAAAAAAAAAACAUCUUCUGUAUUCAUCAAGUGAUGUAUUUAUGUCAGUGUCCAAAAAUGACCUUUCAAAGACAAAAUCCAGUAUUGAUAUUUUUUAGUACCUGUUUUGUAACUUAAAUAGAUACCCCAGACAUGUUUUUAAAGAUUUUUUAUGCAAAACAAAGUUAAAACUGUUGAACUGCCAUCACCAAAAAAAAUUAGUAUCUGUUACCUGAAAUGUUCUGUCAAAAUUGUUUUCCUUGGGUUUUGAAAACUUUCAGGAUUUGUUCGUUUUCAAUCAUGCUAAGUUUUAAUAUAUCAGUGUUUGAAUUCCUGUUGUCUGGAAGAUUUGAAAACCUGGAAGCUACUAUGAAAAUAAGAUACUCUGAUAAAAAUUGAACAAGUACACUUUUUGAAGAAAAUUUUCCAAUGUUCACAUUUUGAAAUCCUUCAACUUCUACAUUACGUGUACUGUUUACUAGAAAUGUCAUUCAGUGUGUUGAGUAGAACUGGCCAAAUCCUUUUAUCUGACAGAGACCACUUUUAAAGAAAGUCAGUUUGGGAUCCUUUCAAGUCCGUUUUAUGUGGUUGAAUAUCUACAACGUCCAGAAUCUCUUUCCUUCAAAAAGAAAAUAACUCGCUUUUCUCCAAGGUUUUAGUCAGAUAAUUGCUCCAGCCAAAAUCUACUUACAAAUUUCGAUCUUCCAAAUCUUCAACUGUCUAUUUUUAAACAAAAAGAUUAUGAUCGGGUCAUUCAAACAGUCCUUCAGAUAGUUUAGAUCAAACCAAAGAUUUUUAUCGCAAAUUAUGCACCGUUGAGACAAAGAAACUGCAAUGAUGGAUCCAGGAUAGUCUUGAGAAAUUGAAACGGGAUUGAAGUCUUGCAAAGUAUUACUUAUGUAAAAUGUGGUAAUGUAAAAACGGAAAAAUAAGGUCAGUUGGUGAAAUUUAAGGAAAGAUUUCCUAAAAAGGGUACAAAAGUUCUCUGAUUUUAUGAUGGUUUUGUACAUCUUGUUCUUCAAAAUCUGAUUCAGUCGUUAAGAGAAUUUCAUUAAUUAAAAGAACUGUUUCAUCAGUUCAUUAAUUGAAUCCUAAAUAGAACGGUGUAUAGAAAAUGUGCACAGUGCAUUUUUACACUGUUCAUGACAUGCAAGGGGAACAUAUCCUGGCAUAAUUUGCCCACCAGAGGGCAGCAAGCAGUAUCAUUGCUGAACACCAACUAAAUCUUCCAAAAGAAUUUUGUAAAUUGUAGUUGGUUUGCUUGAAAUUUCCAGCGUACUAGGCUCAUGACAUGGGGAGAUUCCCCAUGUUCUGAGCCUAGUUAGCUGUUGCUAGUUCAAGGUGAUCUUCUUAGUAUCAUCCCAUUCUGAUAGAAGAAGUCUCCAACAAGUAACUUUAAUGAACAAAACAAAUUAAGAAAUGUACCACCAAAAGUUUUUCCCCAAGCAUUUUUUUACUAGAAUACUUUUGAUAACAUUUCAAUGCAACUUUGAAUUUUCAGUGUUUGAGGACACAAGACAGAAAACAUGGUCCUUCGGGAGCGUCUGUAACUGUGCAGAUGAUGAACUCCUCUCUCACCGAUAUGACAGAGAAUUGUUUUGUUUGUUUGUUGGCCUGGGUAUUUUGAAUAAGAAUGGUGGCCAGGGUAUUUAGAAGAAUUCUGAGACACACCACAUGUCCAGUGUAGCCUGGAUGACAUACCAUAAAAGAACUCUUGGGUAUACUAAAACCCUGUUUGGUUUUACUCAAAGUGUUUCGGCACUUUACUGAUCUGGUCUUGUGCGAUGAUUGGUUUAUUGUUGCGAUGGGAAAAAAAAAAUGCAAUUCUGUUUACAAAAAUCACAAAUGUUUCAGCACAUAUUCAGUGCCGUUACCUAGAUGUGUCGGAAGUUAAUUUUGCCACUUGUUUUAUUUUUAGAGUGUGUCGAAAUUUAGAGUAAGUUUCUUGCGUCCAAGUUCCAUUUCUAAAAUUGUACGUCCUUUUGCAAACUGACUAAAUUCAGCAUUAUUAAUUCAUCCUACAUUAGAAAUGUCAAUUUUAAAUUAUUAUUCCCAAUUAUGAAGAGCAAUUUGUAUUUUUCAUAUCAAAAUGAAUCAUGAAAUAUAAAUUUUCCGUCUUCGUUCAUCUCAGUGGAAUUAUUAAAGUUUUUAAAUUUAAGGAUAUAUACUUUGAUUUUUACUCUCCCUCCCCCCCCCUUCUUUGUCUGAAAUUGAUUCAAAAUCAUGAACGGAUAGAGGAAAACCUAUGUGUUGGGAUUUUUUUGAAAUAAUGUUUUAAUGUUUAUUACUUACAAGAUUAUAUAUAUUGUCAGCAUUCAGAAGGAUUUGUCUUGUUUCCAGGUGAUGUGCAUUGUUUCCCUAAAAAGAAAAAAGACUAAAAAAUGGCACAGCUUUUAGCCAAAACUUAUUUAUUGGCUAAAUAUGUCCUUAAUUUCCAGUUUUAAGGUCAACCCACAUUGAAUACCGUCAAAACACUGACGCAAUGGUCCAAUACAAUUGUUGGUUGUUUUUUUCCGCAAUUGUUUCCCAAAAGAUAUUGCCAAACCAACCUAUUUUGAACAAUUCACCUAUUAAUUAUGGAAUAAACUUGCUUUACUUUUGUUAAAAAACAGGAAGUUAUAAGUAUUCAGUUUUGCACUGCAUUACGUCGUGACUGGCCUCAAAAGUAAAAUGAAUACCAGCCAAACGUAAGGGCACAUUACUAUGUAAAAUUGUGGCUAGAAACCGGUGAUAAGCAAAUUCCGUGAUAAAGCCCAUCAGUAAACUGAGAAGUUGACAAGGGGUCGGCUAGUAGUUUGAUGAUGUCAUUGGUCUAUUUUAAGAACCACGUCAGCCAAUCCCUGUUCAGUUCAACCUCCUUGUGCCAUAUUUGGGGUUUUUUUUUAGGGGAACAAUUCUGACAAGCUCACCAUUUUGGAUGGAAACAGUUACUAUGUCAGCCAGCAAUAGACGUCAUUGUCUGGUGUUUUUGAAAGAGUGUUUGCAACAGAACACUCGCCGUUGAGAAUCUUUCUUUUUUAUUAGCAGUUUUAUAUUUAAUAGUGAAACCGAUUCGAGUAGUUUGGAGACAGUUUUGUUUUGUGUUAAUACCUCAUUUGACAAGUGUUUGAAACGCUUUUUGAGUUAUUUUUGUUACAGUUAAUAAUACUCCCAUAAUUCUCUUCCGUUUGGUUUUUGCACCGUGUGUAAACAUAACAGCGUUAUAUUAAAUGUACGUAUGUUGUUUUUUUGAAAUUGUUCAUGUACAAUGGACGGAUAAUUAAUAUGUAUGAUAAAAUAAAUUUGUUCAGUUGGUACAAAAAUGUAAAUAGAAAA